GGAUGUGAUUUUGUCACCUUCAAUGAUGAGCUGAGGGUUUUCGGCUUGUGUUUCGCCGCUUUUCAAAGUGGUGUUUUGAAUGACCGACGGCAAAUUCAAAGGCGGAAGCUCCGACUGUCUCAUAUAAUUAAUAAAGAAGAUGCUAGGCUUGGAAUCAGGCUAGGCUGCUUAGGUUUGGCUAGGGUUGGAAUCAGGCUAGGCUGCUUGGGUCUGGCUGGAUCUGGUGCUGGGCUAACUCGAGCAUACGGCGGGGACGCGCGUACGGACGACGCGUACGGCAUGCUGUGCGGGCGACGGGGCGUACGGACGCGCGAUGGAAUGUUGGAUCUGGCGUCGCGCGCGUACAGGCUGUGCGAUGGUGCGGGGCGUACUGGGCUGCGACGCGACGUACGGAUGGACGGUGCAAGGUUACGCGGCCGAGCUGGCUGGGACUUGGGCAAGCUGAAACGGGCCUGGCUAGACCUCGGCGCACUGGAACCGAGCUGGGCUGGGACAGCUAGACCUGGGCUCGAGCUGCCGGCGUCAAGCUCGUCGGAAAAUGGACAAAUGGCUGGAAAACGGAGGCUUUGCCGGAAAAUAGUGAAGGUGGCCGAAUUUCUUGUAUGUGUAGACAAUGGAGUGUUAGUUCCGGAAUUCGGCCCUGUCGUGGACGAAAAAUCUACUACCCGCUUGCCGCUUACCUCGUCGGCGCCCCCAGUUCGUCGUCUGCCACAACCGGGCCUAACGUCAUCACUGUCGGCCACUUUCGGCUUUACUCGUAGCCUUCUCCCCCACCUUCGCCCGACUGCCCGAGGCCCGGACCAACGGCUACUCUGUUCGGAUUAUUGUUGA